UUGUGCCGAACCCCGCAAAAUCGAAAAGGAUUUGCGGAGAGGACAAUAAGAACUCGGACCCUGUGGCCCCUUCAGCGCACGCGACGACCUGACGAUCGCAUCAAUUGUGUUCUUUAGAGUACUUAUUGCUCUGGCGCCUGGCAUUUCCGCUCAUAACGACCCCUCUUGCUCCUCCAGCCCACCUUCUUUCGCUGCGGCGGGAGCUCUUCAUGGACCAUCACUCUGUGCAGGCCUUAUCGCGACUGCCUUGAGGACCUCCGGUCUUCAUGGAGCGCCAUCGUCUCGGCCCGUCAGAUAUCAAUAUGCCCGAGUCUCCUUCUACGCAUGACCCUCGCACGCUUCAUGUGCCAUAUGCCCCGCCACCUCCGACCGAGCGACCAAAGAGAUGGGUGAAACAUUACCGUACCGAGAUUGCGGCAAGCACAAGCAGCAUUUUGUCCACCUUUUCGGCCUAUCCGCUUGAUUCUGUUAAAACGCGAAUGCAAGCCUAUAAGUUUGAUAGCUUAUCUGACUGCCUGAAUCAUACCUAUCGGACCGAGGGCUUGAGAGGAUUUUGGCGUGGCGUUCUGGCACCCCUUGCGAGUAUAACCGUGGUGCGAACCGUAUCUUUCUCCAUCUACCAAAAGGCAAAAUACACAUACUCGGGAUGGCUGGAGCAACUCACGGGGACAGCGCCGCUCGUCAUUGCUAAUAUGCAAGGCAGCUACCCUAGUCUGUCGACAAUUGCAUGUUUCGGAGCAGCUGGAGCGACGAGCGGUGCUGUCAUUACAGCAAUUGCGUGCCCCUUUGAGCUGACCAAGCUGAGUGCUCAAAUUUCCGUGCUCAUGGCCCGGACUAAAGUGACGAGCAUCGACGACCCGAUUCGGGAAAGUUACCAGCAAAAGGGGACAUUAAGGACUGCACAAAAUAUCAUCAAGCAUAGAGGCGUUACUGGAUUGUAUUCGGGUUUUCAUUUGCAUUUGAUGCGAGACACAAUUGGGACGGGAAUCUACUUUAUGACAUAUGAGAGCUCAAAACAGGUGCUUGCCACCUUUAGCGACAGCUCGCCGACAUCCCCGCUGGCCGUGGUCGUAGCAGGCGGUCUUUGUGGCCUCGUCAGUUGGGCUUGUAUAUAUCCGAUUGACUCGGCGAAAAGCAUAUACCAACGAAAUUGUUUGAUGCAUAGCAAGGGGAAGCUUGUUAAAUCACCAAAGAUUGAAUUCUUUAACCGACGCAUGUACCGAGGCCUCGGAGUAUCAAUGACCCGCUCAGCACUUGUCAAUGCCAUCUUCUUCUCGUCCUUUGAAGCCGUUAAGAAACAAAUCAACAAGGUCGAAGACUAUUGAAUACGGCCGACGGCGGUCCACUCCCAUCCCGCACCAAUCUAUUCUUUCCUGUUAUUAUUCAUCAAACCAAAAUUUUCGGACCAAUUUUUGAUACACCCAGAGGACGGCAACAAGGCGAAUCGAAGCAAUGAGACUGAGUCCCAUAUUUCAGCU